CAGCGCCCGCCCGGGGCCCUGCGGGGACAACGCGGGGCUCAGCGCCGGGAGAGGCAUGGAGCGUCCCGGAGAGGCACCUGCGGGCUCCGGCCCAUGGCCUUCGACCACAGCUCGCUGGUUGACGAAGAUUCCCAGGACUCCGAUUUUGCAUCCUGGGAUUCUUCCGAUGACAGCUCGCAGGACACGGGGGACGAUGGGGUGCACCUGGGGGCCUGGCCCGGGGUCAUCAGCAUCCAGGCCACGCUGGAGAACGGCACGUGGCACAUGUGCUCGGGGGCACUCAUCCACAACCAGUGGGUGGUCACGGUCGCCAGCUGCUUCACUAGGGCUGGGGACAUCUCCAGGUGGGAAGUGGUGAUCGGGGCCUCAGACCUGAGCCAGCCGGGCCCCGAGGCCGAGGUCAGACACAUCCAGACCCUCGUGGUGCAUGAACAAUUCGACCCUGCCACGACCACGAACAACAUCGCCCUGGUGGAGCUGGACCAGCCCGUGGAGUGCAGUGACUACAUCCAGCUGGGCUGUGUGCCCGACAGCGCCGUGCCAGUGGGCGAGAUGAAAACCUGCUACAUGGCGGGCUGGAGAGUGGCCCCACACAGCGCCCCCGGCCCACGCCUGGUGCUGCAGGAGGCCAAGGUGCGGCUCAUGGACGUCCAGCUGUGCAACAGCAGCCGCUGGUACCGGGGGGCCGUGCACCCCCAGGACCUGUGCGCGGGGUACCCGCGGGGCGGCAUCGACACCUGCCAGGGGGACAUCGGGGGACCCCUGGUGUGCAAGGACAACGAUGGUGACUACUUCUGGCUGGUGGGACUGACCAGCUGGGGCCGAGGCUGCUCCGGGAACAAGCGGCCCGGGGUGUUCACGUCCGCCCAGUUCUUCCACAACUGGAUGCAGGUGCACAUGGGACUGGUCCCACCAGAUGCUGAUGUUCCUCUAGAGCCCGUCUCAAUGCCAGACAUGGAGACAGAGGAAGAAUCCGAGGAGGAGUCGGACUUGAGCGCGUCAUCCGAACCCAGAUUGGGGGACAUUUCCGACCAAGAGGACAUGGAGGAUUAUUCGAACGUUUCCUUCCAACAAGUGAUGCUGGGGAAAUUCCUGGACCUGCUGUUGGACUUGUUGGAUUUCCUGAAGGGGAAGAACACCUGAGCAGUGGGAUGAGCUGAUGCAGUUCUGGCAGCCAUUCCCAGCUGGGGCCAUGACUGUGGUGCCAAAGGUGGCCCCGGUGCCCAGGGCUGCUGUGCCCUGCCCACGCUGACCCCUGCGCCCACCCCGGCGGUGAAUCCACUUUGUCCUUGAAAUAGAGUUAUCCCAGUUAUCCUCCUUGUCCAGCUCAGUCUCCUGGGAAAAACAAGGAUGGGCAGUCUGGGAAAAAUGAGUGGAGUUGGGGCUGGUUGUUAACAAGACAAAGCAGAGAUUCACAUGGAGAACCCGUGACAACACCCACUGGAAAAAAUGCUCUUGUCCGUGGAAGUGACAGUCCCUUGCCCCUGGCAAUGUUUGGGGUCCUGGACAUGCCCCACUCCCAGCUACUGGGAAAAAAUUAUUCCUGUGGCCAAAAUCAGGACAUCCAUUAUCCACAUUUUCAGCCCAAUUCAGGGAAAAACAAGGAUGGGACAAUUUGGGAAGAAUGAGCAGGGUUGGGCCUGGUUUGGGGGGAGAUGAGGAGGGGAUGGCAGAUGGAGAGAGGGACAAACUUCUCCAGCCCAGCCUCAGGGAUCCCAGUCCCAGGAAAAGUCACUGAGAGGGGCAGGAAUGGGAAGAGCUGGAGCUGCGAGUCCUGGAGCCCUGUGGAGCUGCUGGAGGUGCCACCCUGAGCUGCUGCUGCCACCCAGGGCUGUCCCCUCUGUCACCAGCUGCUGCCUCUGAGCUGCCAGGACCCCCCAUCCCACUCCUGCUGGGUCCAAGCUCUGCUCUGGGUGUCCAGAAGUGGCACCAGAGGAACGAGCAGGAGCUGAUCCCAGGGAUCAGGACAUCCCAGAAAUCUCAGAAUUCUGCCCCUGGGCAGUGCCCAGCCCUGAGCAGGGUGGAGUCUCCUCCCUGGGGAUAUUCCUGAGCUGCCCAGAGGCAAUGCUGUGCUCUGGGAUGCUGUUAUAAACACACAUUGUGGUAUUGGAUUGUCACAAAUAUUAUGGUGUGGUGUUGAAACGGUUUUUAAGAUACAGUUUUCUUUAGGAAUAACAUAAGUGAUAAAGUGUGUUUGUAAUAAGUGAACUGCCUGGUUGUUUGGACAACACCCAGUGAAGACAUCUGCUGCUCCUACACCAGCUACCAGCACUGAAAUUGUAGAAAUUGAGG